CUGCAGUCAUCGCAGGAGUGAUUGGCUGAAGCUGACGGCUCGGCCGCCGUGCGCGGGACUCCGUUGCCAGGUAGCAGCGCUGGGGGCCGGAGUGGGACUGCGGCGGCUGCGCGGAGGAGUGAGGUGUUGCUGGAGCCGGGGGUAGGCGACGCUGCUGGGGGCUGCGGGGAGCGGUGCGCUGCUCUUGCAGUUUCCAGCCGGGAGGCGUCGCCGCCAUUGUCGCCUCGCUCGGUGAGCGAAGCCCUAGCUCGCCGAGCCGGGCCUCAGCGGGCCGCCAGCACAAUGGGCCAGUGCGGCAUCACCUCCUCCAAGACUGUGCUGGUCUUUCUCAACCUCAUCUUCUGGGGAGCAGCAGGCAUCUUAUGUUAUGUGGGAGCCUAUGUCUUCAUCACUUAUGACGAUUAUGACCACUUCUUUGAAGAUGUGUACACGCUCAUCCCUGCCGUAGUGAUCAUAGCUGUGGGGGCCCUGCUGUUCAUUAUUGGCCUAAUUGGCUGCUGCGCCACAAUCCGGGAAAGCCGCUGCGGACUUGCUACAUUUGUCAUCAUCCUACUCCUGGUUUUUGUCACAGAAGUUGUUGUCGUGGUUUUGGGAUACGUUUACAGAGCAAAGGUGGAAAAUGAAGUUGAUCGCAGCAUUCAGAAAGUGUACAAGACUUACAAUGGAACCAAUCCUGAUGCUGCUAGCCGGGCUAUUGAUUAUGUACAAAGACAGCUGCACUGUUGUGGAAUUCACAACUACUCAGACUGGGAAAAUACAGACUGGUUCAAAGAAACCAAAAACCAGAGUGUCCCUCUUAGCUGCUGCAAAGAGACCGCCAGCAGCUGUAAUGGCAGCUUGGCCCACCCCGCGGAUCUCUAUGCUGAGGGGUGUGAGGCUCUAGUUGUGAAGAAACUACAAGAAAUUAUGAUGCAUGUCAUCUGGGCAGCACUGGCAUUUGCAGCUAUUCAGCUGCUGGGCAUGCUGUGUGCGUCCAUCGUGUUGUGCAGACGGAGUAGAGAUCCUGCUUAUGAGCUCCUCAUCACCGGUGGAACCUAUGCAUAGUAGCAAACUCAGACCUGAGCUUCUCAGUCUUACUCUGAUUUGGAAGGUGAAUUGAGCAGGUCUGUUGCCGUUGGCCUCCUGAGUUGUUUUAGUUAAAGCACACGUCCACUGGUGUUAGACAGAACAGCUUGGCUCUUCGUUUACCUCCCUACCCGUUCAUCCCUAACUUCCUUUUUCCUUGUUCUAGCUGAUUCUCCAUAUCCCUACAUUUUUAAGUACAGUGGUAAAUGUUCUAAUUUCAGAACCAUUUGCGAGUUGUGUAGUGUGGUAGAAUGAAAGGGGGAUGUGGGCCUGCUUUUGUUACCUCCAAGCAUUAAUGGAACGAAUUCUGAAGUAUCACCGGACCCUUUCAGUCUUCACAAUGUAGAAUUCUUGGCCAAAGUUUGGGAGGGAGUGGGGGAAGAAGCCAGCUGUCUGGUUAAAGUUAAUACCAGAUGGUGCCCCCCACUCAUCAGUGUCCUUUAAAAACUAUAUACUAUACUCCAAUAAGAUAGCAACUGUACAAAAUGACUAGAGUUUAGAAUCAUAUGGUAUGUAUCUUGAUUCAUCUUCAAAAUCAGAGACUGAUCUUUGAAACUAGGGUUUGAAAUCAAAGCUGACUUUACAGGAGGAGUAUAAUGUAUGCACUACUGUUUUAAAAACAAUUAGUGUGAGUGUGUGUGUGU